AUGGCAGAAGUGCUUUGCGGCGUCUGCAACUCAGAGCCGAAGAAGUACAAGUGCAAGAACUGCGCACUCCCAUACUGCUCGGUGCCAUGCUUUAAAGAGCACGAAUCCACACAUGCCAACGAUGCGCCCACGUCAGCCGCGCCCGUCGAACCCGAGAUACCCCAGCCUCCACCGCCAGCGCCCGUCCCACGCUAUCUGAAGAACAAGGCCGACUUGUCCGUCUUCGCAACGAACCCAAAGUUCCAAGAACUCGUCAAAUCAUACCCUGUUCUGCUUCCCGCAUUACAGCGCGUCUACGCUGCCACGAUCGAGCCCGAUGAAGACGAUCAGCCACGCAGAGGUGGCAGAGGCGGCUUCAGGGGUCGAGGCAGCAGAGGCCGAGGAAGAGGAAGAGGAGGUAGACACGACGAUGCACCGCACAGGUGGACGCAGAAGCAGGGCGACAAUGAUGCAAUGAAGAUGCUCAAGGGGUACAGGAACAGAGAGGACACCGAUGAAGAGAUGCAGGCUGUGGUAGCGUACCUGCAGCUUGUGGAAGAGACCCUUGGUGAUGCGGGAGUCUGA